CUUCAAUCGAAUUUAUAAUUAUUAUUUGAUUAGUCGCGAAACUGAAAACAAUGAAAAAUUUACUUAUUUUGAUGCUACUGUCGAUUUUAGUCGAUAAGAUUUCUGGGACGAUAACCUAUAAGACAAUCGUUGAAAAGUUUGCUGAAAAAGCAAGAAAGGCAGACGAAGGUGUAGACGUCGAUUGGAAAUCAAGGUUGGAGCCAUUGUUUAUACUCUGUGAUGACGUCACAGACAAUAUGAUUGAAAAAGUCUUACAUUCGUACAUAAUAAUUAAUAUCGAAACACCUAUAGUUAAUUUACUAAAAAAAGUCCCAAAAAAUAGUGUUGUCACAACGAUUCUCGCUGAGACGAAACAUAUUUUAAAAGUUCAAUGCGAUGUGAAUAAAUUGUGCACCAAUAUCAGUAGGCAAAUUAGAAUCGAUUCAACUGCUGUACAACCAAUUCAUCAUCCGGAUAAAGUAUAUAAUGCUUGGCAAAAAACAAGUCUUGAUCCAUUGCAUGUGAGAAACAUUGAACAAAGCUUACCCAUUAUGGAAACCAUUCUUGAAGAUUUGCAUGACGAAUUCGCAAGAUCAAUGAAUGACGUGAAUGCAGCUAAAGAGACAUUCAAAACGAAUACGCAGAAAAUUGUGAAUAUAUUCAAUAAUUGCAUAGAUCCAAAAGACAAACUGAGCAGUUUGAAAGAAAUCAUAGUUCGAUAUAAGCAAUCCCAGGAAUUAGUGUGGAAUCGUCUUAAACAUAGUGAGGAAGUCUUACGGAAAUACUAUUCACAGCGCAACGCAUGGGCUGAUAUUCUUAUGGAUAACAAAGGCUACAAACAACAUUAGCUUACAUUGGUUUCUUCUAAAAGAAAUGGAAAUAACGAUAUUUUAGUUCAUCUGCUGAAUUUAUUUUGAUAAAAAAUAACUAGAUAAGAUGGGUUGUUAAUUUCAUUGAAACAAUUGCUUAAAUUUAUCUCAAUAUCCAAAUGUUUUUUUCAAAUAAGCUCGCCUAGCUCAAGAAAUAAAAUUUCUCAAAUAUUUGUCA